UGGCGCGGUCUUGAUAGCGGUGUCGGCCAUAUUGGAAUCACCACCUUGUUUCAUGCAACUGUCUGAGGCGUUGCAUGGUCCAACGACUCAUUGAAAGACACCGUCAGUUUAGGAUAUACGCCGUUUAUUUGUUUGCAUUCAACGAAACCCGCGGAUAAGCUUAUUUUCUAAUUACGCUUUUAGCGGUGAAGCAAACUCGGAAUUAUCGAAAGAACCAUUAUGGCGACUGCAACUCCAAGUCGUGAAGCUGGCCGGUCGACGGCCUCUACUCCUCUCUCCCCGACCCGGAUCUCUCGAUUGCAGGAGAAACAAGACCUUCAGCAUCUGAACGACAGACUUGCGGUCUACAUCGACCGUGUCCGGUCAUUGGAGCUGGAGAAUGACCGGCUGAUCGUCAAAGUGUCCGAGAAAGAGGAUGUGAUUACUAGAGAGGUGUCAGGUCUGAAGUCUCUGUAUGAGGCAGAGUUAGCUGAUGCACGACGUGUUCUGGACGACACUGCUAAAGAGAGAGCCAGGCUCCAGAUAGACUUGGGCAAGGCUCAGGCUGACCUGGAAGAAGCCACGCGCAGUGUCAAGAAGAAGGAUGGAGAUCUUGCUGCAGCACUGUCCAGGGCCAGUGGUUUGGAGGGCCAGCUUCACAAGAGUGAAGCAGCUCUUUCUACAGCUGUAAGCCAGAAUGCUGCGCUGACAUCUGAGCUGGCAGAUGUCAAGAGCCUGCUGGCUAAGGCAGAGGACAGCCAUGCUGUUGCUAAGCGCCAGCUGGAGGCAGAGACACUGAUGCGUGUAGACUCGGAGAACCGUUGUCAAUCACUGAGUGAGGAGCUGGAGUUCAGGAAGAGCAUGUUUGAAGAGGAGGUGCGUGACUCAAGGAGUCGACAGGAGCAGAGAAUCGUGGAGGUGGAUUCUGGAGUCAGACAGGACUAUGAGUUCAAACUGGCGCAAGCUUUACAGGACUUAAGGAAGCAACAUGACGAGCAAGUUUUUCUCUAUAAGGAAGAACUGGAGCACACCUUCCAGGCCAAGUUGGAUAAUGCCAAGGUGUCCUCAGAGAUGAAUGACAGGGCAGUAAGCACAGCCAGGGAGGAGGUGCAGGAGUCCCGUAUGAGAAUAGAGAGCCUUGGAUAUCAGCUGAGUGCCCUGCAGAAACAGGUGGCUGCCUCAGAGGAUCGUAUCAGAGAGCUAGAAGAAAUUCUGUCAGCAGAGCGUGACAAGCACCGUUAUGCCAUCGAAGCAAAAGAACAGGAGAUGAGUGAACUGAGAGAGAGGAUGAACACUCAGCUCAGUGAAUAUCAGGAGCUGCUGGAUGUGAAGCUUGCUCUUGAUAUGGAGAUCAAUGCAUACAGGAAACUGCUGGAGGGAGAGGAGCACAGACUGAGGCUCUCCCCCAGCCCAUCAGCUCGAGUCACUGUUUCCAGGAAGACAGGAUCUUCUUCCUCGCACUCAUCCAAGAGGAAGAGAGUGGAUGGUAAUGAAGUGCCCGAUGUGGCAAGAGGAGAGGACCAGCUGCUAGUGUCAGAAGAGGCCACAGCUAGUGGAGCAGUCACCAUAUCACCCACUGACAUGGAUGGAAAUGCAGUCACACUGACUAAUAAUACUGAGCAGGACCAGCCUUUGGGCAACUGGAGGUUGAAGAGACAAGUUGACGAUGGUGACGAGAUUGUCUACAAGUUCUCCCCAAAGUUUAUCCUAAAGGCUGGACAGUCAGUCACGGUAUGGUCUGUUGAUGCCGGCGUGGCACACAGUCCCCCAUCUGACUUGCUGUGGAAGAGCCAAGCUUCCUGGGGCACAGGAGAUGACAUACUGACUUCUUUGAUCAACACCGAUGGCGAGGAGGUGGCCAGGAGGAGUGUAAUUAAGACUCAGCUGGAGGUAGAGAAUGGAGAGGAGGAGGAGGAGGAGGAAGAAGAACAGACAGGCAAGGUGUCAUCCAGAGAGUGCGCCAUCAUGUGAAGCCUUCCUGCUCUGCUGAUUGCUUUGACUCCCCCAAUCUAUCAGAUCCUGUCUAGUGCUUCAUCAUUUGGUGUUUUUAUUGUCCAAGACAAUGUAAGACACUUUUGGACAAAUAGGCUCCCUUUUUACUGCUCUCUAUAUUUUGGGCCUGCUUUAAUAUGAAUAAUUUCCCUAAAUGUAACUUCACAAUGCCAUCAUGUGGGCGCCAAGCAGAGAUGACGGAUCCAAACUGUCAGACUGUGGUGUUACAGCAGAAUAUUCACACUCCUGCGAAUAGUACUCUACAUGUUCAGAUUUAUUUCAUUCAUCAUUGCAAACAUUUCAGUUUGCGUUAUGAUCAACUAAAAAUAACCUUUUGUUGUUAAGAUAAGGACCUACUAUCUAUAGCCAUGAAGAUGGAACGAAUGAAUAACUUAAGUGUUAAACAUGUCAUGGGAAAAAUGUCUUCUCCCUGCAAAAUCAAAACAUUUUAUUCAACAACAGUUCUUGUAUUGUUUCCCAUAUAUAAUGAGCAUGUGUGGUUACCAAGAUAAACAUUCCGCACAUUCGACUUACAUAUUUUCAUUCAUCCUCAUUUGAAGAUGAGUAGAAAUACAGUUAUAACCGGGGUUUUAUUCAUUCGUUUUUCAAAGCCAUUUGAAAUUCAGCUCUCUUUUGUAAUUGUGCUAAAAACAUAAUUCCCCUGAAGAAAACUUUGCAUGUGUUUGACUGCUGUAGAAAACCACUAAGAAUAUACAAUCCAAAUCUUUAUCACAUGACCUGCUCUCAGAAUCCUGAGCACACUCCUGAAGCAGGUUUACAUGCCAGCCUUCUGCUGUCUCUGUCUCCUGUUGCUUCACUCUGCUUUACCUCUGGAAAGAAAGCAGUGAAACUUGAUUGUUCAUCUGAUCAGCCUUACUUGGCAGAACUGAAUAAAACUAGAGACAAACAUCUGAUACAUAAUGGAAAGGUUUGGAGUCAUGGGAUAUCUUCCACUUAAACUGUUGCUAUUAGCUGGAGGGGCUCCCUACAGCAUGGCCUUUUCUUAAGCAGAAACACUACAUUUAUCUUGACUAACAACCUUUGACGUCUGAAGCAAUUAUACACUCAUUAGCCAUUACAACCCUUUACUGGUAUAAAAGGCUGAUCACUGUAUGUCUGGCCUGUUUGAAAGGCAUUCUGAAUAAUCAGAAACAUGAUUUGAAACUCAGUUUGUAGUUGAAUUUAUUAGCCCUUGGUGGCAUGUUUGAUUCGGUGCAAAUACACUGAUCACCUACAACAUGAAAACACUUUGUAAUGUGUUAAUGUUGUGGCUGAUCUCUACUGCCUUUUGUGGUCUGGUCUGUGUCCUGGCAGUGACCUCAGUGACUCCAGCCCGUUGAGCCCAGUUUUUGAAGAUGUGUUGUGCUACCUGGGAGCCCUUUUGUCUUCCUCCUGCUUGCCUGGUGACAUUAUGGACAAAUCCAAUAACUCAUACAAAUAUUUUGGGAUGAAACCCUCAAACGUGCAGAAUCUAAAGACCUGCAACAUAGAACGUAAAUAAAUUCAGAGAGAUGACACUGAACAGACUCUGGGGAUCACCACAUGUAACUUAGCAGUGCCAAGGGUAGUCUCAGUUAAACCAGAGACAUGUACUGUAUGAUAAGUCGGCAUGUUUGCGGCCAUUUAAUUUGUUUACCCAUGAUGUGUUCAGGCGUUUCUCGGACACGCCAACUCUGUUGAUACCAGGUUAGGACAGAGUGGCUGAUUUGGCCCUCCUGGCAGGUGUUAGAGUGGAUGUGGGUUUGGUGUUUGACCCCCUGUCGUAAUGCUGAAAGGCUUUGUCCAUCGCAAAUGUUAAACUGACAACAUUUAAUUUUUUUAUAAUGCAUGAGGUGGCACAGUGGUUUCAUCUCUGUUCUCAUGAGUUAUUUUUAAUUGAAGAACAUUGUACAAGUUGCUCUCACACCUUGUGUACCAUCUUGGGAAACUCAGUUUUUAUUAUUAUUUGUGUGUGUUUGUAUGCUGUGUUUUACAAUGCUAGUUAUUUCUAUAUAGCUUUGUUGUCUUUGUAAUCAGUUUAUUUACAUAUAAUGUUUCAUUUAUUUUGUAUUUCGGAUUUUUCUGGGUGAAUAAUAGGCCUGUAGCUCAUGACUAAACUCCCUCUUCGGCUCUGGUAUAUUUCAGAUUUGUUGUUAUGUGAGUUUAAAGUAUUUUACUGAAGGAUAUGAAAACGAUUUAAUAAGUUUCAUGUUGACAGAUUCAAUCACUUCCUGUAUAAGACCUGAUUAGUGACCAACUUUGAACAUGCAUACAAUAUAGGUGAAGUCUGGCAUUGUAAGACGGACUGACUUUGGAGAUAAUACGGAUCUGACUUCAAUAGCUCUAAAAAUUGGUGCUACUUUACAGUACCAAUCACUGCAUUUUUAAAGAUAUAUAUUUAUAAUUUAAUUUAAUGUACACCAUUUAUCACAAACCAAAGCCAAACAAUUAAAUUUCAAUGUAAACAAUUAUUUCCUUAACAAAGAUUGAAGAGUUAUUUUAUUUUGGUACGCUGUCAUUGCAUAUCAGUGAGCAGGAUUACCAGUGUGUUGGUUGAACAGUCAAUUUCAGCAGCUGAUUUCUAAACAUUAAACAUAAGUUUGAGUUUUUAACCGGUCAUACCCUGGAGGGACUGUGUGAUGUCUUCUGUCCGACUAGUUCUGCUCCACUAUGUGUAGAUGUGACUGUGAUAGCUCAUGAACUGUAAACAUCAGGUUUUAAUCAGUAAAGCAGAGACCUGGUGUUCAUGUAGGGGAGGGAGGGAUGGAGGGCGGGAGCAUGCUAAAAUGUCAGUUUUCAUUCAUGUUUAACUGUUGUUGAACUACUUUUUGUACACACAAUAAAUGUUUUACAUAUA